AUGAGUUGGGAACCUCUUUUCACAACCAAAGGCUUCAGAGUUUUCAGCAUUGAUUAUAAAGACAAUGAUGAUUUCAUACGUGAACUGAAAGAACAAUUGAAUGUAAUUACUAAUUCAGAAGGCUAUUUUAAUUAUCUGCCAGUCAUUCAAUCAUCUGGUUAUGGAAAAACUAGGGCUGUUUGCCAGCUUGCUAAAUCUCACCCAUUAAUAUACGUGUGUUUUCAUUCAAAAACUUCAACUGGGCAUCCACCUGCUACACCAAAAAGCAAUAUCAUGCACCAAGAGCUAGUGAAUAUGAAGAAUAUAGAUGAAGCUCAUACUGUGGCAUUUUCUUGGCUGAGGUCAAUGAUUCAAGUAUUCUUAUCUUCUCUUCUUUAUGAUGUUAACAAAAACAAAACGGAUCUAGGAUUUAGAGCAGUCAGUAGAGCACUCUUGGAUCUUAGACAAUACUCAUAUGGUAUACUCACAGAUAUCAACUCCUCAGUUGCUAAUCUAGCACCUUCAAAGGAAGAUGAUCCAUCAGCACAUGUGAAAGUCAUAUGCUUAUCAAGUUUUUAUAGAGGCUUUGAAAAACUUCCACAUGAAGAUGAUGAUUUGGGAUAUAGUAUUGUUCCAUUUGGUCGGCCUCUUUGGGGCUCUCUUUGGGCUGCUAAGCAAGAUGUAGAUGAUCAAAUCAGAUUCCAAGAUAUAAUUUGUCUUGCAAAACAGAAGCUUCUUGGUGGUAUUGUUUCUUGGAAAUAUCUUAAUGAAGUAGACAAGAAAAUAGCAGCACUUGCUGUGGUUUCCAGUGUUGCAACAUUACAUGUCUCUCCAGUUUCAUCUAUUGCAAGUGCUUUGGUGAUGUCACACAUGGCUACAUUGGUUGCAAUCAGUGAAGAUCAUAGGUAUCAUAUUAUCACAUAUCCAUCAGAACCUGUAAUGCCAGAAGCAGCAUUAGAACUGCUUUCAGAGAAAAAUGUUGAAUUUGAAAUACUGGGUGAACUGGGCAAUGCCUUUCAAUCUGGUGGCAUCCUUGAUGCUGGUAGUCAAGGAGAACUAAUUGUGAGAUUGCUGUUUUUAGGUGCUUGGUGUCACCUUAUCUCCUCAAAAAGAGAGAAAAGCCCCAACAAUAAGGUAUCUAUUAAGUAA